AUGGGGCGGGAAACGGUGCGGAGCGAUCGUGAAGGGAGGGGGGAGGGCGUGGGGAGGGCGUGUCUUGUUGUGGGCGUGACCUGUGGUGGGCGUGGCUUCUACGGGUGUGUCCUGAUCGGCCCCGCCCACAGGUGUUGGCUGCGAGUGGACAAUCAUUUCAUCUGGAGCUUCAUCGGCCCCGUGGCCUUCGUCAUCCUCGUGACGCUGGUGUUCCUGCUGGUGACGCUGCACAAGAUGCUGCGCAGCUCGGCCGCCCUCAAGCCCGACUCGAGCCGCCUCGACAGCAUCAAGUCGUGGGCGCUGGGGGCCAUAGCGCUGCUGCUGCUCUUGGGGCUCACGUGGGCCUUCGGUCUCCUCUUCGUCACCCGCGAGUCGGUGCUGACGGCGUCGCUCUUCACCGCCUGCAACGCCCUCCAGGGCACCUUCAUCUUCGUCUUCCACUGCGCCCUCCAGAAGAAGGUGCACCGGGAGCUGAGCAAGUGCCUGCGGCAGUCGGCGUGCUGCCUGCGGAGCCCCCCCGGCACCGCGCUCGGCGCCCUCAAAACCUCCGCCAUCCGCACCAACACCCGCUACUACACCGGCACUCAGAGCCGGAUCCGGAGGAUGUGGAACGACACAGUGCGGAAGCAGACGGAGUCGAGCUUCAUGGGGGGGGACCUCAACAGCACCCCCACCCUCAACAGAGGGACGAUGGGGAACCACCUGCUGCCCAACCCGGGGCUGCAGCCGCGGGGGGGGGUCAGUCCCUACAACACUCUCAUCGCCGACUCGGUGGGCUUCGCCCCCCCCUCGCCCCCCGCCUUCACCUCCCCAGGAAGCUUCCGUGACACCAAGCCCCCCCGGGACGUGCCGGACCCCCCCCUUCCAUUGAACGGCAAUUUUAACAACAGCUACAGCCUCCGGGGGGGCUCCGAGGGCCGCGGGGGGGGUUCAGCUUUGGGGGUUCCCCCCCCGGACUCUCGCCGUGGCCCCCCCGAUCCCGCGGCGUUGGAAAAGCUCAUUAUCUCGGAAUUGGUGCAGAAUAACCUUCGGGGGGGGGCGGCGGCGGCGGCGGCUUUGCACGAAAGGGGGGGGGGGGCAACAACUGGGGGGGGGGGGGACCCCUUCUAA